UGUGCUUAACCGUGGAUUUGUGUGUGUUUGUGUGUGAUUCAGGUGCCCUGACGGUCGACACUUAAAAAAGGGGACAUCAAACCCCCAGGAGGUGAAGACCAUGGCACACUGUGACCCCAAGAGAGGGGCAAACAGACUCAUGAGAGCCCAGACCCUCAAGAAGCAGCAGAGGGCCCCAGCUGGGCCAAGGGCUCCCCCACCCGAAGAGGAAAAUCCUAGGGUCAAGUGCAAAGACUGCGGGGCCUUUGGCCACACGGCCAGAAGUACAAGGUGCCCCAUCAAGCGCUGGAGCGGAGCCGUGGUCCCCCAGACCUCUGGCAAAAAGGAAGGGAAGGAAAACCUGAAACCAUGGAAGCCCCGGGUUGAAGUGAACCCGGGGCCCUGGAGCAAGGACAAGGGAGAGAAUGAAGGGAGACCAAGGCCACAAGGCCAGCAGAGGAAGGCUCUCCUCCAGAUAAUUUCCGGGAAACCUCAAGCCAAGCAGCUGCCAAAUCAAAAAGAAUGGAUGGAAUCCUGUGACUUUCUGAGGGUGAAGGCAUCUGAAGAUGCCCUAUUUCCUGGUGCUUUCUCUCUGUCCGACUAUUGCAAGACUGCCAACAACACUUUCCUAGCGGUGUGA